GUGUCGAUAAUUCUCGCCCAUUCCCAUUUCCCAUGAUAUAGGUUAUCUGUGAACAGAAAGUCUUGUCGUUCGAUUCUUAUCUCGCGCUAUAUUAUCUGCCCCUAAAUAUUCACCACGACACCAUUUUCAGCGCUAAAUUUUCUCGCUCCAUUCUCCUAGAUCUUCUCCAUUCACAAUGCGUUUUUAACUAUUUUGUUGUCUGAUAAGACUGGCGUUUUUAGACAGUUCCCUUUCCCUCUUGUCCUUAAAAAUGAAGUUGCACAUUUCGUCAGCCAGAUCAAAUGGCUAAUGCAGCGUCAGGAAUGGCAGUGCAUGAUGACUGUAAGCUGAAAUUUUUGGAAUUGAAAGCAAAAAGAACAUUUCGUUUUAUAGUAUUCAAGAUCGAGGAGAAGCAAAAACAGGUUAUUGUGGAAAAGCUUGGUGAACCAAGUCAAACUUAUGAGGACUUUGCUGCUAGCCUUCCUGCUGAUGAAUGCCGAUAUGCAGUGUACGAUUUUGACUUCGUAACUGAAGAGAAUUGCCAAAAGAGCAGGAUUUUCUUCAUAGCAUGGUCUCCCGACACUUCAAGAGUGAGGAGCAAAAUGAUCUACGCGAGCUCCAAGGACAGGUUCAAGAGGGAAUUAGACGGCAUUCAGGUGGAGCUCCAAGCAACUGAUCCAACUGAAAUGGGUCUUGAUGUUUUCAAAAGUCGUUGCAAUUAAAUGUUCUUCAGAGUUGCAAUUUGCUCGACUUGCGAGAUAUGUUAACAAAUCUUGAAACUGUUCUACACCUAAGCUUUUAUAUUGGUCUUUUGUUGAAGUUUAACAUCGUAGUCCGUUCUUUAUCCAGAAAAUACAUCAUUUUGAUCGUAUUUUAUGACUUCUAUUGUGGAAUUUAUGCUGUGAAUUUCUGGAUGACUGCCGUUCAAUUGGUUUCUAUGGCUUGGAAAUGUGUUCCUGACUGUUCUUAUUCCUCUCA